AUGGCCCUAAGCAAUGGAGCCGAUGAGGCGGCCCUAGAGAGGUCGUAUUCAGUCUUGCAGCCGAUGGACCCAGCCGCCGCCGCAAGGAUGCUGAAGGAAGCCAAGCAGAUCCUGGACCACCUGGGAGUGGUUUUCUUCCUUCGGCAGGGCACAUGUCUCGGCGUGAUUAGGGACAACGGAUUCAUCCCGUGGGAUGAUGACUUGGAUUUGAGCUCGGUCAUCGGACUUCAUGGGCUCACCGAGAAUUCAAUAGACCGGGUUGUGGCUGCCUUCAGGGACAACGGGUAUUUCGCUAAAGUGGAACCCAACGACCACUACAUAAGUGUGGCGAUGAUGAAGUCUUACAUUAGGAUCGACUGGAUUUGCCACUGGAUCGUUGACGACUGCAUAAUUCAGUACCCUGGAGUACGAAUCCCUGUCACACUUGUCACUCAACUGAAAGAGAUUGAUUUCAUAGGCGAGAAAUUCCUUGUGCCAGACCCGCCGGAAGAAUACCUGCGGUGCAAGUAUGGCGCCGAUUGGAUGACUCCUAAAAGGACAGGGUAUGAGAGGGAUAUCCUGGAAUUGGUCCCGGAAAGUCCGCUCCCCGCGCCCAGCCGGCUCAGUCAGUCGAGCCCCAUCCCCAAAUCGGGCGACAGCCGGGUCCGGGUUCUUGACCAUACCGGCCAACCGGUCUCCCGUGCAGAGGUCAUGGUCGCUGGACUGGGUAGUUACCAAACUAACGAGCAGGGUUACGCGAUUAUUGAUCUGCCUCGUGGCGACUGGUACGCGUUGAUUAUCAAUUAUGGCGAUCACGAAGAAGUGCUCUACCAGGAGAAGCUGGCUAAAGGCGAAAGUUACGUCUAUAACCCAAACCCAUCAACCGCUUCAGGACGACUCUGCGUUUUGUCGCCGGAGUGA